UGGAUGUAUAUACAAUGCUUCCAUCCACUCUAGUCUCUGCUGGCUUACUUUACAGGCAUCACGACAAACUAGUUUCUGUGAGCAGUGUGAAUGCUUCUCCUCAGUUGACCUAACAAAUAGUAGUGUUUGGUAACUAUGCACUGAAAAUUCAGGUAGCAUAGUCAAAUUAAUCGACAGAAACUUGUAGGAGUAGUCCUGGCAUACGGUACUUUUCUCAGACGAAAAUCGAUCAGCCAAGAUAUACAAGCUGUGGAACUGGGCAUAUCUCUUGUAUACCAAGAUGUCCAUGUUAAUCGCACACCCACCCUCUGCUACUAGUUCUGCUUCGACAGCACUUCAAGACCGAAUUGAUACUGAUCUUGGCAAAAACUACGAAGAAUACGAUCGCCGGAUCACUUUCAAGAAGGCCGUGUGGGCGUGUUCCACCUCGAUUGAAAAUACUUCAUACAAACCUCUAAAUAUUAUCGAGAAGCAUGGUUAUCGUGAUGAAAUCAAAUCUGAAAAUGUACCCAAAGUAAACAAAUCAGAGGAAGGCCUUGCUACGGCCUCGAGCAAGCCUGUAGACCCGCUUUUGGGGGAACAACUUGCCGAGCCAGCAAGAGUGUUGUAUCCGCCAGCUAAAGUUAAUCAGACGAUGAGAUGGAGGAGUGUUCAGAAGGCUGGGUGUGGUCUUGGCAACAACAGUAACACGUGUUUUCUGAACUCGGUGCUGCAGUGUCUUACGCACACCCCACCGUUGGCUAACUAUUUGAUGUCUGGUGAACAUGUGCGGAAUUGCCGAUCACAGAGGACAGCAUGCGCCAUGUGUGAAAUGGAGGCUCAUGUGAAGAUCGCCUUCACUACCAAGCACUCCAGUGUAUAUCCUAAGAAGAUCGUUAAUAAUCUCAAGGUCUGGGCCAAACACUUCCGUAAAGGUCGGCAGGAAGACGCACAUGAGUUUCUUCGGUUAUUUGUCGAUGCUAUGCAGGAUUCAUGUCUUGAUGGUUUUGAUAAGAAGAUGGAUAGCAAAAUCAAAGCUACUACUUUGAUACAUCAGGUAUUUGGCGGAUACACUCGCAGUCAAGUGAAAUGUGCCACAUGCCAUUAUCAGUCUAAUACAUACGAAGAAUCGCUCGAGCUGAGCCUGGAUAUCAAGAAUGCGAGAUCACUUACGAAGUCUUUAGCGAAGUUCACGCAGAAAGAAGUGCUAGAGAAGGACAAUCAGUACAAAUGUGUACGCUGUAAUAAGAAGGUGAAUGCAGUUAAGCGCAUGACAGUGCACAGAGCGCCCAAAGUUCUGAGUGUACACCUUAAGCGGUUCGAUUGGCAAGGCGGUAAAGUGCGUGGCCACGUGCCUUUCUCGGAAUACCUGGAUCUAUUUCCAUAUAUGAGUGAAACCUUCGAUGACGAGAAGUCGACAGACGAGAAAACAGUAUAUAAAUAUCAGUUGAUGUCAGUCAUGGUACACGCGGGGUAUUCCACUCGAUCCGGGCACUACUACUGUUUUGUUAAAGCAGCGAAUGGUGUGUGGUACGAAAUGGAUGACGAAGUUGCCCGUAAAGUGUCGUUGAAGACGGUUUUACAACAGGAUGCGUAUAUGUUGUUCUAUGUAAGGGUGGGGGACGAGAGAGAUGGCACAAAAAAGGCCGGAGAGAGCGUAGCAUCCGCAAGCAAUGAGGAGAUGGUAGAUAAGCAGGAUAGUGUAAAUAGAAAGAUAAGUUUGGACGCUGAUAUGCAUGUAGCUUUCCGCAAAUCCGAGGCCAAUUCAGUGGAAUUAUCGCUGGCCGCGCUUGUGAGUAGUAAUCAAGACUCAGUCAGUAGUUCAAGCAAUCCCACAGAUAGCAGGCGUUCAUUUGACAUCUCAGGCGCGAGAAGUGUGGACUAUAUUGCAAAGAAGGCCAAAAGAAGGCAGUUAAAAGCAGAGAGGAAAAAGGCGAGGCGUGCGGCCGCCAGUGGAGGUCUUAUUAGCGCCAGUCCAGUUGUUGAGGUUAUUGUGGAUUCGAAGGCUGGUUCAUUCGCAGACACUUUUGCGGCUAGUUUGAUUGCAAGUGCUAGCACGGACAUGACUUUGGCUUACGACUCGAACGUCGCGGCUGGCGUGAAGAAUGGUACUGGUUCGGACACCGUGCAUGAUACGGGAAAUAUAUCCGACUUAGACAAUGUCGAGCAUAUUAGAAAGGGAGAGAGUAGUGGUAAGAAACAUAAAUUAGUUAAUGGAUGGCAUGUCGAUAAGGUAAAUGGGGGCACGCCCGCCAAAGCUCAUGAGAGCAAAUUUCAGAAGAGUGAACUCACGCCUGUGUCUAGGAAGCGUACCGGGCCUGCUGCUCUACUGCAUGCGAUACCGUCGAGCAAUAAGAGGCCGAAGAAUGUCGUAGUAAAAGAAUGGGAUGGCGAUCUGAAAGACGAUUUGGCUUUGGUUGCAAAACCAAAGAAGACGAAGCGCGAUAAUGGUCUAGUAUUUGAUGGUCACCGCAAUAUUGCGAAGGAAAAUGAGUUGAAUCGAGUGAUCAAUCGCAAGAACACAUCGGAAGGCUUCGGUGGGCAAAUAACUACUUGGGCUAACGAGAAGAAGGCUAGCGCGGUCGACACAAUAAGAGACAGGCGAGAGUUCAUGUCCGAACACAUAUCGUCCUACACAGUGGACGACACGGAAAUAGAUCAGGGUAGAACCAAGAAGGUCAAGGGUCCGAAGCAGAAUAACGUGUUCAGCAAUCACAAGAAUCACUUCCAGUUGCACCAACAAAAGAAGGCGGCUAAUGCGAAGAAGCCGGAGAAGCGGUUCAAACUAAAACCGUCGAGUCUGGAGGGUUAGUUCUUCGAGAUGGCUGUUGUACUUCUUGCUCGGGUCGCAUGACUAGGCACUGUGCACAAAUGCCCGAGUAUAGGGGCUUAUAAAUGAAGAGGAUAAUCUCAAACAAAGCUUCGGUUUAUACUAUGCUGGUCGCAGGACAUCGGUGAUACCUACACCAUAAACCCUAUGUGGCGUAUUGCAACGGAUAUGUGAUCGCGAGUUUUGUUGCGUUUCCAUCGCAAUGCUGUUCAUAAUAAUGGAUUGGCAAAACCUUGCUUACCUGACGACCGGGACUCUCUGUAUGCUUAUAAAACGCAGAUUGACACAAUACUCUAUAAAAAAAAUUGCCUGAAUCGCAACUUUUUCUGCAUAGUUCGUCUUAGCCUUUUGGCUAAGAUUGGUAUGCUAUAAAGUUCAUACUUAAAGCUCACAGAUGUGAACAAUAAUAAAAUUAUGUCUUGCACGG